AUGUCUUUGAACCUCUUUUCCUCGUCGUCAUUUCUCCGCAAUGCUGCGACCACAGCCAAUGUUGGCCUGUCGCUCUGUCGCUGGAGCUCUACCGCUGCCAUGAGCGCUUUCACUUCCCAGCGCGCCACAAGCUCACAGACCUCCCAAGUGGUUCAACGGCGCCGUUUACCCAGUCGCCUGAAGUUCCUCGAGGACCAGAAGGCGCAAGGCGAGAGCCGAGCCCUUGAGAGAUACCAAACCCGUGACUUCAAGGCUGGAGAUGUCUACUCCCCUCACGAUCUUAGCCCGGCCGAGAUGAAGAAAUGGGGAAAGCGCCAGAACCCUCAGACAGAUGCUUUCGAUGCAUUGAACCUCAAUCCCAUCGAUUUGUACAAGAACUUCUCCGUCAUGUCUGAAUAUAUGACUAGCAUGGGCCGUAUCAAACCCCGAUCCAUCACCGGUCUCCGACCUGUCAACCAGCGCAAAAUUGCUAAGGCACUCCGGAGAGCCAUCGGCAUGGGUCUUAUGCCUAGUGUCCACCGACACCCUGAAAUCCUCGCAUCCGAGAUGCGGGCACGUAUGGAGGGCCCUGGAGGUUUCUAA